CACAAAUCUGAAACAAACAUGUCGACGCGCUGCUGGAGCUUCUUCCUGCUGCUGCUGGCCGCUCUGCUGGCGGGGUCAGCGGCGCUGUUAGCGGCCGGGGACGCCCCGGACUGCUUCCUCCCGGUACCGGCGGUGCUCGUGACGGCGCUGGCCGGGCUGCUGACGCUGCUGUGCGGCUGGAGGCUGCGGCGGAGGGACGGCGGGACCGAGCGGCGGGUGUGCGUGCUCGUGCUCGGCGACGUCGGACGCAGUCCUCGGAUGCAGUAUCACGCGCUGUCCCUGAGCAGACACCUGUAUCACGUGACCGUGGUGGGCUUCCUAGACUCUAAACCUCAUCAAGACGUUCUGAAUCAGCAGAGAAUCAGAAUCCUUCCCAUCACUGAAGUGAGAGGCGUUCAAGCGGGACCGAAGCUGCUCCGCUACGUGACGAAGGUUCUGGUCCAGUCGCUGCAGCUGCUCCGAGUGCUGCUGAGCAUGGAGCUGCAGGCGCUGGUCCUCAUGCAGAAUCCCCCGGGGCUGCCGGGCAUCGCCGUGGCCUGGCUGGUGUGCGUCCUGCGUGGCAGCAGGUUGAUCGUCGACUGGCACAACUACGGCUACACCAUCAUGGCUCUGAGCCACGGGCCAGCCCACCCGGUGGUCCGCCUGGCCAGGUGGUACGAGCACUUCUUCGGUCCUCUGGCCUCUGACAACCUGUGUGUGACCAACGCCAUGAAGGAGGACCUGCAGGAGAACUGGAACAUCCGGGCGACGACUCUGUACGACCGGCCGGCCUCCAUCUUCAGAGAGACGCCGCUCCGCCUGCAGCACGAACUCUUCAGGAGGCUCGGACACUCGUACCCCGAGUUCUGCUUCAGAGGGUUCGAUGGUUCUGAUCCGGACCCGGAUCUGGAUCUGGAUCUGGAGCGGACGGCUUUCUCUGUUCGGGAUCCUGCUGACGACUCGGUGACGCUGAGGUCCGAACGACCGGCUCUGCUGCUGAGCAGCACCAGCUGGACAGAGGACGAGGACUUCUCCAUCCUGCUGAAAGCUCUGGAAGAUUACGAAGGUUUCAUCCGAGCAGGAGCGUCGUUACCGUCGCUGGUCUGUGUGAUCACAGGUAAAGGCCCUCAGAAGGAGCACUACCGGAGGAUCAUCGACUCGCUGCAUUUGGAGCAUGUGCAGAUCUGCACUCCCUGGCUGGAGGCUGAGGAUUAUCCUGUGCUACUGGGGUCGGCCGAUCUGGGAGUCUGCCUCCACAAGUCGUCCAGCGGUCUGGAUCUGCCCAUGAAGGUGGUGGACAUGUUCGGCUGCUGCCUGCCCGUCUGCGCCGUCCACUUCCGCUGUUUGCAGGAGCUGGUGAAGCACGAGGAGAACGGGCUGAUCUUCAGAGACUCUGACGAGCUGGCCCAGCAGCUCAAGUCUCUCCUGUCGGAGUUUCCCGGCUCGGACGGCCGGCUGGCCGCCUUCAGGAGGAACCUCCGCUCCAGCAGGGGGCAGCGUUGGGACGACAACUGGGACCAGAACGUCCUGCCUAUGAUCUCCGGCGGCAGGUGACCGAGGACGAGGACGUUCUGACGGACGUUCUGACACAAACCUGAAGACGUGGAGGAGACACGGUCCACUCCUCGUCAGAACUUCUUCUUCUUCACGGAAAAUGAAGAAAUCCAUCCUGCAGGAGGAAACUGAAACCCGGAAUGUUGAGAACUGAGCUGGACUUUCCUCAGAUGAUGAGCUGCAUGCAGCAGACACUUCCUGGUCCAGAUGUUGAAACAUCAGCAGGAGACGCUUCAGUAAAACUCUCCUCUGCGACAAACUGUCCACUGUCUUCAUCCGUCCAAAGCUCCGGACCAGAAGGAGGUGCCGUGCUGCUCAGGACUUUCGGAAAAGUUGUGUUUUCCCUGUUGAGUUUGGAAAACUAAAACAAAGCGGAGCCUUGUUAACAUGUUUUCCAAAACGCCAAACCUCCGUUGGGUUUUCAGCUUCUGUUUUCAGGCCAAGGUUCUACGGGGAACGAAACUUUUCUGAAAGUCUUCAGCUGAGCCUGGAUACCUGGUUUCUGAUCAGAUUAUGUUAUUGCUUAUUUCUGCUCUGUUCAUUUGGAAUAAAGGGAAACGUCGCCCACAGAAAGGUUUUAAUGAAUUCUUUAUUUGAACACAAGUAAAAAAAAGAAAAACAGUCUCACAAACAUCCGGAGAAAACCUUCUGGACCGUCGUGUUGAAUCUAAUUCAGGUGAAAAUCUGAUUAAAGUCUAAAAAGUUAACAGAAGAAAAUCCUGAACGUGUUUCUUGUUGACUUUUCUCUGGAAAUGUUUGGUGAGACUCAGACCUGAAGCCCGUCUGCUGCCGUCAG